AGUUGGCAGUGUCAUCGUAUACCAAAGGAUCUAGAUUACUUGAUCCAUCCAAUAUUGUGUGGCGUGUGGGAAGCUGAAAAUUGAAUGCGUUCUAGCGCCUAAUAAGCAUUGAAUCGACACUGUUUCGAAAGCUGUAUAAAAGCCGGGACAAGCGCUUCAAAAUUCAGUUCGGAAGCGACCGCCAUCGGUACACUUCCAACACAUUCAUCGCGAAAGGAAGAAAACCACUCCAAACAGCACACAGUUACUAUGAAUAACUGGCGUUUACUACUACUUGCGGUAGUCGCUGUAGUUCAACCUAUUGCAUCUUUCACCGAUCGCAAUCUCAUUGAUGGCAGGCAGCAGUGUUGCGAUCAUCCGUCUUCUACUCCGCUUCGAGAUACGAGGUCCUCGCUUCGUGGAACAUACCGGCUCAGCGAUACUACAUCUGCACUACGAGGCUUAAGCGAUCGCGAUGAAAUUCGCCAAUACCGUCGUUCUACAGAGAAAAGGCUGCUAGAAGACCGGGAAAGGGCUGCAAGACAAGAUCCCUCUCCAACAGCCAGAUCUACACGAGUUGAAUACCGUCUUGAACGAUCUGAGAAUUCCCUAAGUCGGGGCCGCUUGCUGGACGAACGUCAAAGGGACUCUGCUCGUUAUAGUCGAGAUCUGAAACCUCAAGAAUUCACCCGCAGGGUUGUCGAUCGUUCCUCCAGGAAUAAUGUAGAUCGUCGUGAUGCAACUGAAUCAACUCGCGACGGCUCCUUUAGAAAUGACUACAGAACAGACCGAUUGGCCAAUGAACGCUUGCCCGAAAACUUACUCGAAACUCGACGUGAAAUGCAAUUCAGAUCUGGAGAUCGUAGGAUCUCUUUGAAUCGAGAUGCACGACUUAUCGUCCGAACAAAAGCAGACGAAACAACUUUGGAAGUACCUGACAACAUGAACACUCGACAGCGUUUUACAAGGGAAAGAAGUGCAGUACGGCGCGAAUCUUCAACUCGAUCGGGCACAGAGCGUUAUAAUCUAGAUAUGGAUUCAUAUCGACGCGAGCAGCGGAACACCGACCAGAAUACUCGAUUAGAUCGAAUUCGUAACAUGCGCGUCGGUCUUAAUACUCGUGAGGUAAACCGAGAAAUACGACGCAUUAGCUAUCUGCGGUCAAACGAUAAAUUUGGCGAACGUCGAGGACAAAAUAAGGAAAAUUCUGAAAGGCGAGAAUUUGAGCGAACUCAGGUAGCCCGACGUGAUACGCGUAAUUCUCGAAUUCUGAACAUUGAAAAUGAGAGGAACACGAAUGAUCGAAAAAAUGUACGUGACUCCCGAAUUAUCAAUACCCUGAACAGGAGGGAAGUUGAUGUUCGUCGGGAAAUAAAUGUUCGGGAUGAAAUCAGGGAAAACCUUGAACAGAGACAAUCUCGCGAGAGAAUCCUUGCAGAUCGAAGAAAUAUACGCGAAACCAGGAACACGAAUACCCUAAGAGACAGACAACUAGACAAUCGACAAGAAAUCCGGCUUAGCGAGAGGGACUCCCGAAACACUCAAGAUGAAAGGGAUAAUCGAGUACAGGUUCAUCGAAGAGAUAUCCGAGAAUUCAGAUUAAUGAACAAUUUUGAAACCCGAAAUGGCCGACGUGUUGAUACCAGACGAGAAAUUAGGUCCAGCAAUUUAAGGGACACCCGUGAGGGAAAUAAUUUAAAUACUGAGUCAAGGCUUUCCAGGGAAAUGAUUGAGAUGAGAAACGUUCGAGGUAAUGACGACAGCCGACGAGAAAUAAGGUACGACGAGAGCAGGUUCACCGAUAGAAGGGGUGAGAUUAGACAAGACAGCGAACAAAUAAACUCUCGAUUGAGGUCUCAGAUGGACCGAAGGACCCAAGAACAUAGAAACAUGAAUAUUAAUGUAAACCGACGCGUGAGAGAUACUGAAAGUCAACGGGAAAUCCGAAACGAAGCUAGGGUAAGUCCUGACUACAGGUUAUCUCGUGAGCGAGCGCAAAUGGAACGGGGAGAUAUCCGCGAAUCUAGAACUAUUAUUACCCCACAUGAACGAGAUACUGGCAGUCGACAGGAAAUCCGAAACGAAGCUAGGUUGCAUUCUGAGAAUAGGGUAAGUCCCGACUACAGAUUAUUCCGUGAGCGAACGCAAAUGGAACGGCGAGAUGUCCGCGAAUCCAGAAAUGUUAUCACCCGAUCUGAACGAGACACUGCCAGUCGACAGAAAAUCCGAAACGAAGCUAGGUUGCAAAGGGAGAAUAGGGCAAGUCCCGACUUCAGAUUAUCUCGAGAGCGAUCGCAAAUGGAACGACGAGAUUCCCGCGAAUCUAGAAAUGUUAAUACCCAACCUGAACGACACACUGGCAGUCGACAGGAAAUCCGAAACGAAGUUAGGUUGCAAAGGGAGAAUAGGGGAAGUCCCGACUAUAGAUUAUCUCGUGAACGAACGCAAAUGGAACGGGGAGUUAUCCGCGAAUCUAGAACUAUUAUUACCCCACAUGAACGAGAUACUGACAGUCGACAGGAAAUCCGAAACGAAGCUAGGUUGCAAUCGGAGACCAGGGUAAAUCCCAACUACAGAUUAUCUCGUGAGCGAUCGCAAAUGGAACGACGAGAUGUCCGCGAAUCCAGAAAUGUUAUCACCCAACCUGAACGAGACACUGGCAGUCGACAGGAAAUCCGAAACGAAGCUAGGUUGAAUUCUGAGAAUAGGGUAAGUCCCGACUACAGAUUAUCUCGUGUCCGAAUGCAAAUGGAACGGCGAGAUAUCCGCGAAUCUAGAACCAUUGUCACCCCACAUGAACGAGAUACUGGAAGUAGACAAGAAAUCCGAAACGAAGCUAGGUUGCAAAGGGAGAAUAGAGCAAGUCCCGACUACAGGUUAUCUCGUGAGCGAACGCAAAUCGAACGGCGGGAUAUCCGCGAAUCUAGAAAUGUUAUCACCCUACAUGAACGAGACACUGGCAGUCGACAGGAGAUCCGAAACGAAGCUAGGUUAAAUUCUGAGAAUAGGGUAAGUCCCGACUACAGGUUAUCUCGUGAGCGAACGCAAAUCGAACGGCGAAAUACCCGCGAAUCUCGAAAUGUUAUCACUCCACAUGACAGAGUAAGUUCUGACAGUCGACGAGAAAUAAGGGACAACGAAAGGGUUUCUAGAGCAUCUCGCGAAGAAAUGAGGGAAAGUCCCGACCGCUACAUGACUCGAGAAGGCAGGGAAUUAGACCGACGAAAUAUUCGCGAAUCGAGAAUGUAUCGAUUCACUACACGGAAUGAGAGACGCAUUGAGAGGGACACGGAGAAUCGAAGGCUAUCUGACCAGGUUCGUGGAAAUCUUCUAAGUAGGAUGAGCCGAUUGGAAUCAAGAUCAACUGACAGAGUUACUGCCGAAGAUAGAGACAAUGCUAUGUUGGACCGAAGAACUCGUUCAGUGGACCGCCGGCACUUCCGAGAUGUUAGGGACGAAACUAGACUGAGCCGAACAGAACGUGCAAACAGCAUUGAAAAUAGGGAACGCGAAUCAAUUGACUCACGGUCCCGAAAUCUUAAGAUAGCUUUGGCUUCUGAGAGGACAAAUUCCGUGAUGGUUGAAAAGAUGGACACUGAGAACAAUUUCGGUAUAGCUAACUGGCAGUACGUUCUGUACACAUUGCAGGCCGCUUACCUAUGCGCUCUCUUUGUACAAAUGCUGAAACCGAAUCACACUGAAAAACCACGAAAAAUGAAACUUCACUGGCUGCCAAUGUCUUCUCAAUACAACCCCAUCAAGGUGGACUAAACGACAAACCCUAUGGACUUCUCAGCUAUUUAAAUAUUACUUGUAGAAAAUUUCAUGUUAUUAAAGAUGUCUAUUCUAAUGUACUCUUAGAAAAUAAAUAAUUAUUGUGUGUUAUAGA